AUAGCAGCAGCAGAUAUCCUGACGGGUUUUGGGGUCCGUCUCCCUUUGAUGUAUGGGGGAGGCCAGUGAAGUUGUUCAACCAUGCCAAUCGUGUGCAACUCGCUCAGUCUCGAUCGGUGUAGCAUGCGUGGUGGAGCUGUCGUUGUCCAGUGAAUACUUGGAUUGCCGUUUCGGGUUUGAAUCGAAGUGCGUUGGUGAAGCUGCUGCAGGUUGUGCGCCCAAGUGUUUGCGGUGUUGCCAUGGAUUUCGACUCCAUACUGGAUAUGUGCGAUGGGUUCGGUGCGUACCAGAAGAUCAUCAUCGGGGUGCUGCUGUUUCCCGCGACAUUUCCGUGCGCUUUUCACGCUUAUAGCCAAUUAUUUUUAGCAGCAAAGCCGAACCACUGGUGCAAAGUGCCACAAUUCGACGGGUUUGACAACCAUUUUACGGAUCUACUAAAAAAUAUUAGCAUACCCCAGCUGCCAUACUCGGACGGUACGACCGGGUACUCCAAAUGUUCUAUGUAUUUGCGCAACUAUUCCGAAAUUGCCAGUCACUUAAGUUCGGCGGCUGGAAAUGUGUCUUUGGAGCAGUUGUCACCCCCGAGCGGUAUCACCAGCUGCCGGCACGGCUGGUCUUACGAUCAAUCCAUCUUCAACUCAACCGUAGUAACAGAUUGGAAUCUGGUAUGUGAUCGAGACUUUGACACUACGACGGCAUUGAUGGUGUUCGGUGUUGCCGGUUUGAUCGGUAAUCUCGGCUUCGGGUACAUGCAGGACUACUGGGGACGGAAGCUUUCCUUCUUCCUUUGUCUGGUGGUGCAGGUUACGGCCGGUGCAGUUGGUGCAGCCAUGUGGAGCUACGGAUCGUGGUUGGUGACCCGCAUUGUCGUGGGACUAACCGUACCGGCAAUCCUGUCGAGUCCUUACAUGUUGGCGAUCGAGCUGGUCGAACCAAAGCGUCGCAACUUUUGCACCAUCAUCUCCAACAUUGCGUACUCGGUCGGGCUGGUGCUGCUGUCGGUGAUCGUGUACUACGAACGUGACUGGCGCUCCCUGUCGAUCGCCGUUUCCCUGCCGCUGCUGGUUCUGUUUCUCUUCUACACACUGAUCCCGGAGUCACCGCGCUGGCUUGCCGCCCGUGGCAAGUACAGCCAAGCACAGCGGAUUCUUCUCAAAAUGGCCAGGGUGAAUGGAAAAACGAUCGACGACGGCUAUCGGAAGCUGCUGGACGAGCGUAUCAAGGCACUGUCGCUGGAAGAUGCUCCAGAACAUCCGGCCACCGAUGAGACGGCAAACUCGCACGCGCACGAAAUAGGGCUGCGGCAUCUUUUCGACAAGCCGCAGAUGCGCCGCAAGACCACGUUCGUAGCGUUCAUCUGGCUGACCAACACGAGCGUUUACGUGGGCCUGAGCUACUAUGCGCCAGCGCUUGGGGGAGACGAGAUCUUUAACUUCUUCCUGGCCGGGCUGGUAGAGCUGCCGACGUACAUUGUGCUGUGGCCCAGCCUGAACCUGUUCGGGCGCCGGGGUGUACUGUUUACCACGAUGGUGAUCGGUGGGCUGGCCUGUGCGUUCACGAUCAUUCCACAAGGUCGCACCACCACGCUCAUACUUUACUGCAUCGGCAAAAUGGGUGUUUCGUCCGCGUUCGUCGUCGUUCCGCUGACCGCAUCGGAAAUCUAUCCAACCGUGAUACGCGGGCUGGGAAUGAGCUUCUGUUCUGUCGUCGGCAUGCUCGGCCCGAUCGUCAUACCGCUGAUGAACUACACGGGUAAGGAAAACGUGGCCAUUCCGUUGGUCAUAAUGGGUCUCGCGCUGACGGCCGGCGGUAUAGCGAGUUUGUUCCUGCCGGAGACGAAAAACAUGCCACUGCCCCAGACGCUGGCCGAUGGAGAAAAGAUCACACUGACCAACCCGUUUCAGGUUCCGUUCUACAGCAGGAAACGAACGCACCCGGUGAAACAGUAGCAGCAACCGCGUGCAGGAGUAGUGUUCGGAAAAGUCCCACGCGCAACGUACAGGGUAUGAGCGGGGCACUAAAGCGUUAAUGUUUCAUUUACAGUAAGAGUUUGUUUUAUUGUUUAAAAAAACACAGGAAAAUUUACACACUUCAUUGCAAUGCGCAAGAUGUGUGAGUGUGUAUGUUGUACGUUAUUCGCUAAAUGUUUGUCUGCUUGAUUAUCAAUAACUAUUGCACUCUCGUCGAUUUUCUAUAGCAGCUAGCUCUGUUCCCACUUUAGUUAGUAAGUUAUUAGAAUCAUGUUCCAUAUAUCUUCUAUUGUCAAACGAUGGCUGCACACCACA